GUAGUAAUCAUCAUGGUAAUCGUGUAGGCGAUUUGGUCGCGCGAGCAUGCAGCUGAUACGGGGGCGUCAACUCGAACGGCACCGAUGAGCUCGAAGCAGUAGCAGCAGCGGCGCUUGCUGGCUUCGACUGUGGCCAGGCCGGCGCACACAUCAACAGCGAGGCCUUUGAAGAAGCUUAAGACUGCAUCCGAGCGGAACGACGCGCUCUGUGAGAGCAGCCAUACACAACCGUAUAGCGCUGUUUCCAGCUGCCAGCAUCAUGACCAGCAGUCCGGCCACACGUCGUAAAGGCCUGCCGGUAACGUACACGUACCUGAUCCCGGCAUCGCCGACCAGCCCGCACCCGUGGCUCAAGGAAGUUUCCCCGCCACCAUUGGCACGGCGAGACGACGCUGGCCGCCUUACGUGCGUCAUCUGCCACAAGGCGUUCAGCAGCGAGUCCGACUUUGUGGUACACCAGAGACGGCACACGGGCGAGAGACCAUACCAGUGUUCCAGGUGUUUCGACUCGUUUGCUUCGGCGUCGGCUCUGCUUCUGCACCGAGGUAGUGUGCACGACAGUCGGUCACCGUUCCGAUGCACGUUCUGCGGCCGCGCCUUCACCGCGGGCGAUGCCUACUCGCGUCACCUGGGUCGGCAUCGAAAGGCUGGCUACCUCUUUCGGUGCUCGUGCACAAGGUUAUUUCGCACUGAAGAGGAGAUCAAGGCACACCUGGCGGUGCACGAGAAUGGUAGCGGACACAAGUGCCCUGGCUGCCGAAGAGUGUACGAGUCGCUUCUCGCACUCGGUGCGCACUACACCAAGCACGAGAAGGCCGCCGACAGAACGAAAGACACCUCCUCGACUCAUUCCUCGGUGAUCACGCCGGCGACGCAAUGUGUUGCGCAUGCCUGUGUUACCCAUCCGCUUUUGCAGCAUCGGUAUGACUUGUGUUAUCGGCAACGCAACAUCGUUUCUGUGAAAGCCUAUGCUUGCUUUCCACGAAAACAGGCGCACCCAUUCAAAUGUCCUAUCACAAAUACCUUCAAGUGCUUUGUCUACGUUCUGUGGAGGCCUACAUCAGGAUGGGUCACUUGCAACAAUUCUUUUACAUGACUAUCAGGCCUUUUGAUCAACACCCAAAUACAAGCGCAAAAGAGGCCCCCAGUUUAAGGCAUGUCACCAGACUUGGCAUUCGGUGGCUCAUUCUAGUCUGGAACUCUUAUGAACUUGACAUGACAAACCCAAGCCACGUGGAUGCAGGAAAUGUCAGGUUGCAAAAUUACCGGUGUAGAAAGUGCAGCAGAAGUAAAAGUACUCGCACUCAAGGCUGAAGAACAAGUUUUCGUUGAUGUUUGUUAGUUGAUGAGCCUUUGUGUGCACAUCCAAGUGCACCAGCUUUAGCUUGUAAUAUUAUGUUUUUAUCAUUUUAACAUGACACUAUGUCUUUUAUGUUUUUAUCAUUUUAACAUGACACUAUGCAAUAUGCACAAUCUUUGCAUUUUUGCCUUUUUUAAGUGUGCAGUUGUACAGACACAUAUGAUGCAUAAAAAGUUUUCUUAAAGAAGAGAAGCCACGGAAUAUUUGUAUUCAAGCAAUCAGCUGAAGAAAAAAAAAAAACAGGAUCGAAGUAGAAGCAAGGAGAUGGGAAGUAAAGCAUCCAUAGAUCGGGUGCCAAUAGUUUCACAGCACACAAUAAAGCAGUGCCCAAAUUCAAGCUCUUAGGAACAUCAACAUCAUUUGAGUAAACUGUCUGGUGCAGUUGACAUGCUUUUUUGAUUAUAUGGUUUCAAAUCUGGUGAACUGCUUUACAUGCUGUUAGCCUGUGCUGCUGGCACUGAAAAAAUCUUGCUAGUGUGGGGUUUUGAUUCUUCAACUAUGUAAAAGGCUACCAAUGCAAAGUAUUAAAACCUGCAAAGGGAAUUGUAGCUUCAACAGUGAUUCUCCGCUGCAUCGGAACAACGAAUGCACCGCGAUUUGAUUUCACCUGUAACAAGCUGUUUGCGUAUUAAAACUGUUUUGCAACUUUUUUUUUCAU